GCGUAACAUAACAUAAACUACGACGGUGCAAUAGGUAAAAUAGUUAAAAUUAAAACCAGAUUAUUAAUCUAAACCUUUCACUCCUGUCCGGUAGACGGCAGUAAAACCGAGGAAAAUUUAUAAACACCACCGACCGUCGUCUUGUUUACGAAAGCUGGUCUGAUACAGAAGCAAGCCAACAUGUCGGAGUACAAGUCUGUCCAGAAAGGCACUUUAAAACUAAAAGGAGUCUCUAUAGCAAGUAAAAAGAAAAAGAAGAAGGACAAGGAAAGGAAGAAUUUAGAGGAGCAGGUUAUGACCACUCAAAAUGAAAAAGGAACUAAGAAAGUGUAUGUUGACAAAAGGACGCCAGCACAGAUUUCAUUCGACAAAAUACAAGAAAAAAGGCAAAUGGAAAGAAUUUUGAAGAAGGCCUCUAAAACGCACAAGAGAAGAGUUGAGGAUUUCAACAGACACCUGGACUCAUUGACAGAGCAUUACGACAUUCCCAAAGUCAGCUGGACAAAAUAAAUGUUGAUAGCUUUUCAGCUAGAUGCUUUCAGAGCAGAAUCGUCUGCCGUGAUGCUUUUUUUUUUUUUCUAACAAUGAGUACUGCAAAAAAUCGAGCUUUUUUUUUUUUUUUUUUUUUUUUUUAAAUAUAUAAAUGUGUUGCUGUUAUACUCUUAGGAAGUUCAAUUUUCAGACCACUGUAUGUUGAAAGUUUGAUUUCACCCCUACCUUUCUGUAGUAAGGUCCAUAUGUCUGCCUGCAGUGAAUAUUAUAUUAUGUCACUUUUGGUUAAACUAUUUGAAAAAACUCUUUACCUAGCAUAUAAGUACAGUAUGUUAUUUUGCAUCAAUUGCAUGCUGUGAUUAGUAAUAGUUGUUGGUUUAAGAGUGACUCCGCUGAGAACAGUGGAUUUUACACUAUUACUUGUUUUACAUUGCAUAGGCACAGCUUUAACUUUUUUAUGACUCAAACUUGUGGAUGACAUUUUUUUUUUUUUUUUUUUCACAAGACAUUCAUUUUGUAUUCAUUAAAUGUCUCAGAUUGGCCAAUCAGAGUUGUGUAAUAAUUUCAAAUAAAGACUUAUUAGUUUAA